GCUUCCUCCCAGGCGCCGCAGCUCACUCCGGUGGGCGGGGCGAAAGCUGAGCUGGGAGGGGAGGCCGGGAGGCAGCUGCGCGCAUGCGCAGGAGAGAACUGAGGGAUCGGGCGAGGUGGUCGGCCUGGCUUAAGAUAUUUGAGACAAGAUGCAGGACCCCAAUGCAGACACUGAGUGGAAUGACAUCUUACGCAAAAAGGGCAUCUUGCCCGCAAAGGAAGAUUUGAAUGAACUGGAAAAGGAGGCAGAAGAGGAAGAGCAGCGAGUGCUUCAGCAGUCAGUUGUGAAAACGUAUGAAGAUAUGACUCUGGAAGAAUUGGAGGAUAAUGAAGAUGAAUUUAAUGAGGAAGAUGAACGAGCCAUUGAAAUGUACAGGCAGCAGAGACUGGCUGAAUUGAAAGCAGCUCAACUGAGGAAUAAAUUUGGAGAAGUUUUAGAGAUCUCAGGAAAGGAUUAUGUUCAGGAAGUUACCAAAGCCGGAGAGGGCUUGUGGGUGAUCUUGCACCUUUACAAACAAGGGAUUCCCCUCUGUUCCCUGAUAAACCAGCACUUCAGUGGACUUGCCAGGAAGUUUCCUGACGUCAAAUUUAUCAAAGCCAUUUCAACAACCUGCAUCCCCAAUUACCCUGAUAGGAAUCUGCCCACAAUAUUUGUUUACCUUGAAGGUGAUAUCAAGGCUCAAUUUAUUGGACCUCUAGUGUUUGGUGGCAUGAACCUGACAAUAGAUGAGUUGGAGUGGAAAUUGUCUGAAUCUGGAGCAAUCAAGACAGACCUGGAGGAAAACCCUAAGAAACCAAUUGAAGACGUCUUGCUGUCCUCGGUGCGCAGCUCCAUCCCCAUGAGCAGGGACAGCGAUUCUGAUGAUGACUGAGCUGUGCCGCGGUACUGCCCUGCCCUGCCCUGCCCGGUGACCUCUUGGUUCCUGGGUUGAUGCUCAGCCACUGAGCCACACCAGCCGGGCUUGAGCUCUCUUAAUGGGACAGAUGAUCCGGAUUUUUUUUUUAAAGGAAAAAGUAGGAUGAAUCCUUUGUUUUUUAGUCUUUUAUAAUUAUGUUUCAAAUAUCGUAAUUCUCAGGAAUAAUCAUUGCUGGGAAUCCAAUUGGAUUUCUUAGAAUUUUUUUUAAAUUAAUAACAUUUAAAUUAACCAGCUGUUGGUAUGGCAGAUGUCUUUGUUUUCCUCACUUGUGGCUUAAGAAAGCUGUAAAACUAUUCACUAUUUAUUCACAUAUCAUUACAUAAAAAGGAAUGUGGAGUUUUUUUAAUGUGAAUAAUAUAUACAGAGAGAGAUAGAAAUACUAGUGAUGAGAGAGAAUCAUUGAUCAGCUGCCUUCUGCAUCCAAAAAACUGCAAACUAAGCUUUACAGUUACAUUAAUGUUUAUAUUUAUUCUUUUAUAAGGUAGUAAUGGGAGUAAUAGCACAAAGGAAUGAUUGAUAGG